AGGCAGUCUAGAGCGGAAGUUGUAAAGAAGGACCGAAGUCCGGCCCAUGAAGGGCGGAAGUAGAAUGCCCAAUGCCACACUCAUGGCGCAGCCGGAGGAAGAUGUGAGAGACUACAAUUUGACGGAGAAGCAGAAGGCAAUCAAAGCCAAGUAUCCUCCAGUCAAUCGGAAGUACGAGUAUUUGGAUCAUACAGCUGAUGUCCAGUUACACGCAUGGGGAGAUACUCUGGAGGAAGCAUUUGAGCAAUGUGCAAUGGCCAUGUUUGGUUACAUGACAGAUACUGGGACUGUUGAGCCCCUCCAAACAGUAGAAGUAGAAACCCAAGGAGAUGACUUACAAUCUCUUCUGUUUCACUUUUUGGAUGAAUGGCUUUAUAAAUUCAGUGCUGAUGAGUUCUUUAUACCCCGGGAAGUGAAAGUACUCAAUAUUGAUCAAAGAAAUUUCAAAUUACGGUCAAUUGGGUGGGGAGAAGAGUUUUCAUUGUCCAAGCAUCCUCAGGGAACUGAAGUCAAGGCAAUAACAUAUUCAGCAAUGCAGGUCUAUAGUGAAGAGAAGCCAGAAGUUUUUGUGAUCAUUGACAUUUAAGAUACAAAGAAAAGACUCCCAUGAAGAACUGUUAUUUCCCUUCCUUUUGAGAAGAAACCAUGAUUUAAUUUCUACAUUAUCUGUUGAUAUAUGAAAACUUGCAGAACAGAAACUUUUAACUUAAAGUGUGACUUUCAGAGAUGGAAAAUCAGGGCAAGGUGUGGUCUGUUAUCCAAAUAUUCAAACUUUAAAAAUUCUUCAGGUGGUGAUUAUGGCCCCUUAUUUAUUAAUUCCCUGCUGUGGCAGAAGAUGCUUCACACCCUUGUAAUGGAACUCAAACCCUCCAGCCUAAUCCCAAAAGGGAUCACGGAAGUAAGCAGCAGCCCAGGAGACUCCUUAUCCUUGUGGAAACCAGCCCCAGGACCCAGCCUGACCACCAACUCUCUGGAGUGUCAGCCAGCUCCUCCGAAGCCUCUGCACUCUUACCACUCUUAUCUUUCUUUGAAGCCUUCCCUAACCAUUCUAACCGUCAGUGGUCUUCUCUGAACUAUGUCUCUGUAGUUAUCUUUAAAAGAUUUUCGAGCUUAUUCAAUUUUA